CAUGCGCUCUUCACCGUGUUGCAUAAACGCGGAAUCGGCGGAUUCAAGCAGCAGUUUGUGUAGUUCAUGAGUAAACUCUUUGCUCCGGUUUCUAAGCAAAUUGUCCUUGCGUCUAUAACCUAUUUCUCAUUAAACAAAUGUCCUUAAGUUACAAAAGCCAUUCAAACAUGAGAGACGACAAUGAAAGAGACAGUAGAACGAUGAAAAGAAAAACAGAUCCGGAUGAGUUAAAGGCGCCUGGGAAGAAGAGACAGAAAAUAAAAGACAAAAACGAGGGAAAGAGCGCCGCAGUGCAGAAAUCAGACGGUGCAGCAGUUAUUCGGGUGCAUCCAAAAUCGCAUACUACCCUACUAUAUAGUAGGUGAAAAAAAGUAUGUGACAAAAGAAGUAUGCCUGAAUUAUCAGUACUGAUAAAAACUGAUGUUGCUCUCGUUGGUAAAGCUGACUCUACAAAAACUGAAGUGAAGGUUUCUAGCAAAGACAAGGACAAAGGGAGAAAAAAUAAAUCUGCCCACUCAACAGACUGGUCUGAGGAUGAUGAGAAAAACAACUCCGAUGGCGGCAAAAAUACCUCUGAAAUAAAGAGGAAUGAGAAAGGACAACUUGUGUUUAAAGACCACCCAGAGUUCACACCUAACUUGACUCCCAAAGAGGUUUUACAGGCAGGCAGUUUUGGGGGUACCUAUUUUAGGCCCAUCUACUCCAGUAUCACAAAGCAACAUUACAAAGAUGUUUGGCAGGAGCUUCCCGAAGACUGGCUGGAUGGGCUAAACAUCUCCAAACAGGUGGCUUCAUCCACGUACAGGGAAAACGUGAACAUCUAUAAUGUAAAAUGUGGAGGCAGUCUAGAGAUGUGGGAAAGCAGUGGCUGGAUUGUGCCCCAGGAUCCUUAUGGCUGGUUCCAGUGGUACUGCAGGUUUUACCACGGCAGGCGAACAGAGGACGAUGCACGUCAGAUCAGUCGCUGGGCCAAAUGUGCAGGAGUCAAAGGUCGGUGGAGGCAGAAUCUCAUCACAAAAGUGGUCCGGUCCGGUUGUGCUUAUGACAACCCCAGUGUUUCCCCGGUGGUCAGACAGACUCUGCAGCACUGGGGCUACAAACUCACCCUGGAGGACUACAAGGAAGGAGCAAAGAGAGUCAAACCCAAAUAGGAUUAACAUUUCCAUAUUGGCCUCAUUCGAUUUAUCACAUAAUGCAGAAGAAAGCUGGCCUUACUGCAUGGAAAUAAACUCACAAAUCUGAUUAAAUAAUUGAUGCUUUGUCUGACCAAGGGACUUGUUUAGCUGAGUAGACCGGUGGUAAUAGUACUGCUGUAUUUGGUUCCCGUCGGACAUGUUUUCUGUAAGCUGUUUUGGUAAAUAGAAAAGUUAGAAUAAUGGUCUAUUUUUAAAAUUUGGAUCCAAGGCAGAAGCAGACACGAAUUGUUUUUUCUUGCCGCAGUUGUACACUUGCGUGCCUUGGAGGAAUGUGGAGAACGGAUCUGUAAUCGGAUGUGGGCAUUGUUACAAUUAUUUUUAUUUUGACAAUAGAUUAUUUUUCUAGGUUUAUUUUUUAAUACAUGCUGAAUGUGCUUAUCUAUUUGACUACACUCUGUGUCAUAUACAAACUUUCCAAUCUGUCAGUGUUUUUUUAUUUGUGUUUUUUUUUUUGGUGACACUACACAUUGCACCAUAUGGUUUUAGAAACAGGUGGAACUUAAUCAAAAUGUUAUUUUUUUUUUUGUUUUUUAUGGUCAUUUGUUAUGCAGUAAUUUUUCAUGACCCUUGUAUAUGUAUUGACAUAACAGAUAUUAGUAAAUGUACUCGUUCUUUGCUGUUUUAUGGUAUUGGUUGGUUUGUCUCGCUUUCUAUCCUAUUAGAUAACAUUUCAGAAAUGUAUAUGAUGAUAUAUAAAAAUCCACAAUUUUAAAAACAAUUAUAAUAUUAAACUUGAAAGGCUCAUAUAAAUUAACCUCAAACCCCUCACUUCAGUUACUUAUUCCAAAACGUUUAAAGUUCUUGUCAUUGUGUAAACAAUACAAUUAUAAUUAAUAAAGGUUAUGCCUGAGAAUGACCAGAUAAAAAGUGUACA